AUGGAAUUGAUUCUUCUGUCCGAGUCGACGGCGCCUAAAGCGAUGGUGGACGAUGAAGACGUCUUCUUUAUCGUCUCUUCGAAGGCCCUCUUCGUCUACGUCGGUGGAAAGUGUUCGAAAGACGAAAAGCGAAACGCUCUGUCGAGAGCACAUGUAAGCAUGCCCUUUUGUCUGUUGUGUGUACUCCCUCUUGUCCUCUUGCCCAUCUCUCCUCCUGCUCCCCCUCCUCGUCAGUAA